CGGCAGCUACUUCCUGUAUCCGCCUGUGCGACGCGAGUUGUAAACAACACUGAAUGUGACACUUGUACAGGAGCGUUACUUAAUAACUGGCCUUGAACUUUGCCACCGAGUUCCCUCUGAAGACGGGAGACGAGCGGAGGAUGCAGCAGGCUGUGGAGUGAACGUUUUGUGCCUGUUCUUUAUUAUACAUCCCCCCAGUCAUGGCGGGGAUUUUCCAAAGAGCGUCAAAGCUGAGGACAGCGCUCAGAUGUCUGAGCCUCCGCUGCAGCCUCUCAUCUACAGCCGGGACCAGACUAUCACCUGCAGACCCCUACGGUCCGUUUCUCAGCUGCCUCAGCUCUGUGCCGUCUGUGGUCUCGGCCCGCGGGCUACACGCUGGAGCAGACGGACCCGAGCCAUCUCCCGCCGCAGCCCCGGAGAGGCGGUCCUUCUCCAGAGUGACUCCGGAAGAUCUGGCCUUCUUCAGGAAGGUGCUGCCAGGCCGGACCAUCACUGACCCGGACCUGCUGGAGUCGAGCAAUGUGGACUGGCUCAGAUCAGUGAGAGGUUCCAGUGAAGUGUUGUUGAGGCCUCAGACCACAGAGGAAGUUUCUCAAAUUCUCAGUUAUUGCAACAGUCGUAACCUGGCGAUCAACACGCAGGGAGGCAACACUGGGCUGGUGUCGGGCAGCGUCCCAGUCUACGACGAGAUCAUCCUCUCCACGGCUCUCAUGAACAACGUCCUGUCCUUUGAUAGCAUCUCUGGUAUUCUAACCUGCCAGGCGGGUUGUGUGCUGGAGAACUUGUCUCUCUACCUGGAGGACAGAGAUUACAUCAUGCCACUGGAUCUUGGGUCAAAGGGCAGCUGUCAUAUCGGGGGCAACGUGGCAACUAACGCCGGUGGGCUGCGGCUGCUGCGGUACGGCUCCCUGCACGGGACUGUGCUGGGUGUGGAAGUGGUGUUGGCGGACGGGCGGGUGCUGGACUGCUUAACCACGCUGCGGAAAGAUAACACCGGAUACGACCUCAAACAUCUCUUCAUCGGGUCAGAGGGAACACUGGGGGUCAUCACAGCGGUGUCCGUCCUCUGUCCACGGAAACCCAAAUCUGUCAAUGUGGUGUUCCUCGGCUGUGAGACCUUCGAGCAGCUGCUGCAGACGUUUCAGCUCUGCAGGGGCAUGCUGGGAGAAAUCCUGUCCGCUUUCGAGUUCCUGGACAGUGAAUGUAUGAGGCUGCUGAACACGCACCUCAAAAUAUCCAAUCCCAUUUCUGACUGUCCAUUCUACGUCGUCAUAGAAACGUCCGGGUCUGACGCGACACACGACGGAGAGAAACUCCACAACUUUCUAGAGGAGGCAAUGACAUCUUCGUUCAUCGCCGACGGAACCGUGGCAACGGAGGACUCUAAAAUAAAGGCACUGUGGUCGCUGCGGGAACGCGUCACGGAGGCGCUGACUCACGAAGGCUACACCUACAAGUAUGACGUCUCGCUGCCGGUGGACAGGAUCUAUCAGAUGGUGACGGACAUGAGGGAGCACCUGGGGGACCGGGCCAAGAGCGUGGUGGGAUACGGACACGUGGGCGAUGGUAACCUCCACCUGAACAUCACGUCUCCCGCCAAGGACGCCGCUCUCCUCGCUGCCAUCGAGCCCUUCGUCUACGAGUGGACGGCCGGCUGUCAGGGCAGCAUCAGUGCCGAGCACGGACUGGGCCUGAAGAAGAGGAACUACAUCUACUACAGCAAGCCCAGCCAGGCUGUGGCCCUCAUGGGCAACAUCAAGGCCAUGCUGGACCCCAAGGGCAUCCUCAACCCGUACAAGACGUUACCAGACAACCUCCAAUGACCUCACUGACCUCAGAACUGUCCAUGUUUGUUAUACACGUUCCCAGAACUUCACUUGUUUUUCUGGUUCAUGCGCACAAAGAGUCCGUUAACAUGAAGUCAAAGUCAACAUGCUGCUUUACUUCGUCCCAAUCUCUGGACUGGACAUAUUCCAAGUGAAGUUACUGCUAAACAUCAUCAACAACCUCUACGGCUGACAGAGUAGUAGCCUCAGUCUGACCCAGUUGUUGUUCCUCCAUUGCAGCUUGGCAAGGAAAAGAGUGUUUUGUUCUAAGAAGGCUGAAAACUUUGGAGUGUGCACAACCACUUGUCUUAUGUAAAACAGUCUGCUGAGGCCACAUAUGACAAGAGGAGAGAUUACACAAAAGGCAAAACAUGUUUUAGCAAACCAGCAGGUCAACUCACUAUUGUUUUAAGAAACUGUCCUUGAAAAUCAUAACGCAGACGAGCUAAUGGUAAAGCAAUAAUGCAGUAAAUGUUUUAUUACAUAUAAAAAAAGACAAAGCAAUAGUUUAAAAAAACAAAAACAACAUUUGUGAACACAUUUGUAACUGCACAUCUAGGCAACUGUAUGUUUUUAAAUAAAACGGGUUCCUGAUGAA